AUGCAGGUCGAAGUGUUAUGGAGUGCUUUUGAUGUAUAUCCCGAUACACAAUUCACUGAUUCGAGUCAAAGUGCUCUUAAUAAAAAAGAUCGGCAACAAUAAUACUGGGAAUAGCACCGAGAAGAACUAAAACAACGUGAAGCAGAAAGAAGAAAAAAUAAACAAAAUGUACUUUUUCAACCUACGACAAGCUGUUCAGAUUUUAAUAGUACAGAACAAGCACCGCAUAACGAACAUUUCAAUGAAAAUGUAGACAUGAAGAGUGCUCAUAAAAAAGAGCAUCAACGAAAAUAUAGGGAAUUGCACAGAGAACAACUUAAACAACGUGAAGCAGAAAAAAGAAAAUGUCAAAAAAAGGUUCAGCAAAGAGAAUAUGAUUUAGAGGAAGCAGAAAGAAUGGAGAGUCAGUAAUAUGUACAGACGAUUGCAAGUAAUUCGAAUUCAGAUAAUGUACAACAAAAUUUA